AUGGUUAGGGGCGGCUACGUGGACUGGUCCACUGUGAACUCUGAGGUGACCGAACAUGGAGGCCAGUCUGUGAGGCCCGUGGCCGUCUGUCUGCCCGUGUUGGGUCACAGACUCUUCACUAUGCCCCAGACCUCUCUCGUUCCUCAGGUACUCAUGGCCCUGCUCCUGGAAACGGCUGCUGCGGCCGCUCCGCUCCGGGCACGUCGGAGCGAGCGCCUGGACCCGGAUCCCGCCUGCCUCCGCCGCCGCCGCCGCCUGCGCCCCGACCCGGCCCCCCGAGCCCGCGGGCGCCAGGAGCCGCUGACACCCCGGAGCCGCCCUUCUGGUCUCGAGAUGGCGAGGCCGAUGCCCGGGGCCGCCGCCCUGCUGCUCGCCGCCCUGCUGCUGGCCGCUGCCCUGCCCGCCGCCGCGGGUCUCGGGGCGCCGCGCAAGGCCAAGCGAGGCUGGACCCUCAACAGCGCCGGCUACCUCCUAGGGCCACAGGCCUUCGACAACCACAGGCCCUUCCCGGAGCAGCGUGGUCCAGCAGGCAAACGGGAACUGCAGCUGGAGGCGGAUGGGCGGCCUGGGAGCUUUCAGGGACCUGAGAACAAUCUGGUCCGCGCCGCCCUGGAGCUUCUGGAUUUCCUGCGUGUCCGAGAUGCUCGCGUCCUGGGGAGCCCACCCGACAUGCCCUUGGCAGUUCCCGAAGACCAGGUGCAGGCCUGA